AUGAACGAACCUCUAUUUAAAGUCGAUGUCGAUGAGACUGAAGAUACCGAAUGGAACGAUAUUUUAAGACAACAUGGCGUUAUUCCUGAAAGGCCACCGUCUCCAACUGCCCAACUUGAAGAAGCUUUGGAGCAAGCAUUAGCUAAACAACAUGAAAAUCGACUAGAGGAUAAAGAUCUUUCUGAUUUAGAGGCAUUAGAAGAUGAAGAAGAUGAAGAAUUUUUGGACUUUUAUCGCCGGAAACGUAUGGCUGAAAUACAAAAGAUGCAACAACGUUCAAAAUUUGGCCAAGUUUAUCACAUUAACAAGCCGGAGUAUAACAAGGAGAUCACUGAAUGCAGUAUGGGUGACACCAAGUCGAUGCAAGGUGAAGAUGAUAUCAAAAAAGGUGUCUACGUCUUUGUCCACAUGUCCCUUCAAAGCAAACUACAGAGUAGACUUCUAGAUAGUAUAUUUGUGCGAGCUGCCAAAAGAUAUCCGGAAAUAAAAUUCGUUGAUAUUCCAGCCAGUAGAGCUAUUGAAAAUUACCCUGAGAGUAACUGUCCCACUUUGAUUGUGUAUUAUCGCGGGGAAGUUCUGAAGAACCUGAUCACUCUUCUAGAACUGGGAGGAAACGACACUACCUUAGAUGAUCUUGAAAAUCUCAUGGUCAAAGUCGGCGCUGUUGAUGAGAAAGACAGCCGAUUAACCAUGAAUCAAGAUGACGACGAAACUAGGGAGGAGAGACAAGCAAAGUAUUCUAAGAAAGGUAUAAGGUGUGGGAUUGAUGGGAAGUUCAAUCUAGGCAUUGGGGACAGAAUCUCAAGCGAUGACGAAGAUUUUUUCGAUUAA